AUGACAUUGAGCGAAUGGUCAUGUGGUAUUGAUCUAGCAUUAGAAACCUAUAUACCAACGGGCUUAGUCGGUCGUGAUCGUGAACAAUACAUUAAAGGUGCAAAAGAAAUUCGACCAUUAUUAGAACGUUAUGCAUUAAAUGGCUGUUUUGCUGUGACAAAACUCAUUUUUCCGUUAUUGUAUCGUCGGUCACUACAGCAAGUCAACGAUUAUGAAGCAUCAAUGAUCUCAUUAGUACUAUCAUUACAACCACCACAACCAAUGGAAUUAGAAGCAAUAUCCGAUGAUGAAGAGACAGUAGUUCAUGUACGAAAUGAACCACCGUCAGAAUUAGCAACAAUAUCUGAUAAUAAUGAUCAACAACAACCGGUAGUUCAUGUACGAAAUGAACCACUGAUUCCGCUUCCACAACAACCACAACUCACAUCAUCACAACAUGAAUUAAUAUUGAGCGAUGAUGAACCGCUACCACCCUCAUUAUCGUCUUCGUCAUCACAUCAUUUAGCAUUAUCGAACUGCCCCACAUCGUCACGUACCGUUUGUAUUACUCAACAUCGCAAUAAAUCAGAUCAACAAAAGCGAAAUCGUAAGUAA